AUGAAUGAAAGAAGCAAUACAGACACCGAGGUUCUUCAGGAUCUUCUCUCGGGAGAACUGGACGCACUGGAUCCCAGACUGCUAGAGUUUGUAAGGCGCAGGCUGCUCUUUACACCUACUAGGAGGCCCCUGAAGCUUAGGAAACCCGACAAAAUCCAUUAUUCCCAAAACGGACAAAGUCGUCUGGUUGAUAAAUUUCUUCGACAACGACGGGACGGUUUCUUUGUGGAGGCAGGUGCUUGGGAUGGGGAGGAGAACAGCAACUCUUUAUUUUUCGAAAAAUCGCGCAACUGGACGGGAAUACUGAUAGAACCCGACCCCCUUAACUUUGAACGACUUCUCAUGAAAAACAGGAAGGCAAUCGUGAUCCAGACUUGCCUCACGGGUAAACCCAUGUGGCUGGAUUUUACGUUGUCCAGCAGUCCAGAUAGUGGAGCUAUCAACCCAAUAGACAGCAGAAUAAAUGUUACAGGAAAGAGCAGGCUACUCUGCCUACCGAUCCAGACGCUUUUAAGCACCAUUGGUCGGAAACACGUGGAUUUCUUCUCCCUCGACACAGAGGGAGCAGAGCUGGAGGUUCUCCAAGCUUUCCCGUGGGAUAAAAUAACGGUCGAUAUGUGGACGGUCGAAGUUCAUGAACUCACAAAGAACUACGGUCAGGCUUUAAAAGAUAUUAGAGGGGUAUUUCAGCGAACCGGAAUGUAUAAAGAAGUGCAACCACGAGGACAAGAUCUACUGUUUGUGCGACAGGACGCACUCCUCUAA